UUUACUUAUAUUAUUUGUUAAAUAUUGAAAGAAGUAAAAAAAAAUUUAAAUUUGACAAAACUUUCUUUGAACUAUGCGAGACUAUAUAUGAGUCAUCAGCCAGAAACUCCCGUUAACAUUCUGAAGAAUAUAUUUAUAUUUAUGAAUGUGUUAAUAAUUGUGUAAAUUUUCUUCUUUCAGUUAUUGACCUCUUGUAUUUAAAACAUGACUAAUCCAAAGUUAAUUUUACUUAUGAGUGGGAAACGUAAAUCCGGUAAGGAUUAUUUGUGUGAAAAGUUAAAAAAAUCUUUUGAAGAUGAAUGUAUUAUUGUAAGAAUAUCUGGACCAUUAAAAAGUCAGUAUGCAAAGGUUCAUAAUCUUAAUUUUGAAGAUUUAAUGGGUGAUGGUUUAUAUAAGGAAAAAUAUAGAAUUGACAUGAUAAAUUGGAGUGAUGAAGUGAGAGAAAAAGAACCUGGCUAUUUUUGUAAAAUAGCUACACAAGAAGCACCUUCGAAAAAGAUAUGGAUAGUUAGUGAUAUUAGAAGGAAAACCGACAUAAAAUGGUUCAAAGAAACAUAUUCGGAUAAAAUAAAAGCCGUAAGAAUUUCAGCUGACCAAGAUGUACGUGAAAAAAGAGGUUGGGUUUAUCAGGAUGGCGUGGAUAAUGUUAAAUCCGAAUGUGAUCUGGAUGAUUGGAACGAUUGGGAUUUGAAAAUGACGAAUAACUCUGUUGAGGAUGGAGAGGAGACAUUACAGAAACUUAUUGAUUACAUCAAGAUGAAUAGUUGAUUUAAAACUAAAUAUUUUAUUGGUAAUGGAAUAUGGGUUAUAAAAUCGUGAAUAACGAUCUAUUUUUGCAGUCAGGUAUAGAGUCUGAAUCUCGAGAAAAAAAUAAUUUCCGAUAGUCUAUUAUUUAUGUAUUUUGUUCUCGUUGUGUAUUUUAAAAGUAGUAUUAAUAAAUUGUUUGAAAAAAUAA